AUGUAUGUCGAACUCACCUGGAGUCCUUUACUAAUUGGUAAAGUGGUUGCGACGUCGUCCUCUCCACCAGAUGUUGCCGAAUACAAGGAGGAGGUGAAUGUCUCCUCCAAGUUGUGUGUUUUACUAUAUAUUUUUCUUGCUGUUGCAGCUGUCGUCACAGUGUGUGGAAACCUCCUGAUAAUAGUCUCCGUGGGUUACUUCACACAGCUCCACACUCCGACCAACUCUCUCAUCGUCUCCCUGGCUGCGACGGACCUUCUGGUCGGAGUGCUGGUCUUUCCUUUCAGCAUGGCGUUCUCCCUGAGCUCCUGUCUGCUUCAUGAAGGCCUUAUAUGUCAAGUGCGGGACACCUUCGACAUUUCCCUGAGCACCUGUUCUAUUCUGAACCUGUGUUGCAUUGCUGUUGACAGAUAUUACGCAGUGUGUCAGCCUCUCGCCUACAGAACCAAGAUGACCAACAGUAUUGCAGUGGCGAUGAUUCUGGCGAGUUGGAGUAUUUCCGGGUUAAUUGGAAUCGGUAUAACUAUUGCUGGAUUAAAUCAUGAACCGUGUGAAGAAAACUGUUCUAUGGAGGUUCUGUUAUCCAGCACUCUAGGUCCGACGUUUUCCUUUUAUCUUCCGGCUCUCAUUAUGCUUUGCAUCUACCUAAAGAUUUUCUUAGUUGCACAAAGACAGGCGCGCGUCAUCCACAUCAAUAAAAACUCUGGAGGAACAGCAAGCAAGAGGGAGAGGAAGGCCACAAAAACUCUGGCUAUCGUUAUGGGCGUUUUUCUCAUCUGUUGGACUCCUCUGUUUGUUUGCAUAACCCUGGUUCCAUUUAGCGCUGACCCGGUGCCAGUUUCUGUGAUUGAGACGCUUAACUGGGUUACUCUGACCAAUUCCAUGCUUAAUCCUUUUAUCUAUGCAUUUUUUUACAGCUGGUACAGGACAGCUUUUAGAAUGAUAGUUUCCGGGAAAAUAUUUCAGGGGGAUUUUGCUAAUUCAAAACUGUCUUGA